UCUUUGCUUGAACGACCCUCCCACAAACGGGCAAAUCCAAAGCAGCAGCUGUGCCCAGCUCUCACUCCCACCACUCCACUUGCUCUUCACCGAUGGAGGCGAUUCAUCGUCUCCAUCUCCACGCUUUAGCCAUCCUUGUAAUCGUCGCCAUGGUAGUACCAUCGACCGUCGCCGGCGGCGGGCUCUGCCGCGAAAGCUGCGGCAACAUCCCAGUCCGCUACCCUCUUGGCAUCGACGACGGGUGCGGCAGCCCGUACUACCGGAACAUGCUCACCUGCGCCGACAACGCCACGCUCCGCCUCCGCACCCCAUCCGGCACGUACCCGGUGACCGGCGCGGACUACUCCGACCCGCACCUCGUCGUGACGGACCCGUCCAUGUGGACGUGCGCGCGGCCCUUCACCUCCGUCCACGCGGCGCCCUUCAGCCUGGACACGAGCACCCGCUUCUCGCUGUCCCCGAGGAACGAGUACCUCUUCUUCGACUGCGACGAGGCGCGCGUGAUCGUGGCGCCGCGGCCGGCGAGCUGCGACAGGUACCCGGACCGGUGCGACUCGGCGUGCGACAGCGCGGGGUACCUGUGCCGGAACCUGCCGGGCUGCCGCGGCGCGCUGGACGAGGGCAACAUGACCUGCUGCGCGUACCGGCCCCGCGCCACGGAGUCGCUGCGGGCGAUGCUGCGGCACUGCGAGGCGUACACGAGCGUGUACUGGCGCGCCGCCGGGGAUAAGUUCCCGCCCUACGACCAGGUGCCGGCGUACGGGGUGCGGGUGGACUUCGAGAUCCCGGUCACGACGCGGUGCCUGCAGUGCCAGGACAAGCGCCGAGGUGAGGGGGGGACGUGCGGGUUCGACCCGGCGACCAGGGACUUCGUCUGCAUCUGCGGCGCCGGACGGAACUCCACCACGGAUUGUGCAGAUGGCCACACUUCAGGGCAUCACGGAUCAGCAGGAGUCAUUGCUGCGAGCGUUGUCGUCUCAAUCUCUGCAGCCAUCGGCAUUGGGGGCCUCGUGUGGUACAUACGCAAGAUUAGACCGAGCAAGGUGGUGACAUGUGGGGUUCAGAGUAACGAAAACAGGUUCUUUUGAGCUGAAUUGCAGAAAAUACUUUCAUGGUGGUGAAGAACACCAUCUCUAUCAAUGAAAAAGAGGGGGCUGGAUGUUUCCCCAUUUUGCUAGAUUAUUUCUGGAGUAUUUAGCCAAAUUCUGUGUGCAGCACCAUGAUAUUUUGUAAACAAAUUUAUAUGAUAUUUUGUUCUUCACCGCCUAAAUUUUCUGGAGCGUUGAUUUUAACUGAGGGUGUUUUAUUUUAAGUAGGGGCAAUUUAGUCAAUU